GCUGCCCUCCCGCAGGCACGCCCCUUCCUCCCGCGGCGCUCGCGGACUGCCCGGCUGCUGCCCCCUCCCUCCCGAUCCAUCCCUGCAGCUCCGCUCCCUCGCGCCCCGGCUCCUCUCACUUCUUACUUCUCCGCUGUCCCCUCCGCCCCCGCCUCCUGCCCGGCUCCGGCCGUCAGCUGCUCCACCCUCGGGCCCGGCAACCUGCCUGUCUGCUGCCACCCACGGGAGUUCGGACGGAGCAGCGAGAGGGGAGCAGCGACGAGUUGGGGCUGACCCCCCCCGUCCCCCACCCCCCACCCACCCAAGCCACCACUCCGGGGGCCGCUGCCCGGGGACCCGAGGCAUUUGAAGCGAGCCGAGCCGUCACCUGGUCUGCGUGUGUUGCCUUCAGGGGUGCAGCGUGUUUGCUUGUUCAACAGCCUGUUGGAGUGUUGAGGAAAUUUGCGUUCCUAACGAAUUUCCCUUGUGAAAACUGGAGAAUCAAACACAACAACAACAACAACAACUGGAGAGUUCAUUUUGUGGAGAUCUGCUGAGAAAGAGAAAAAACCAUUAACAAAAGUGAAAGACCUUUCUUUUAGAAGAAAAUCUGAGAAACUAAAGAGUGACCCGUGGUUGGAAUCUGGCGGCGCUUACCCUGAACCUGAGUGUUAGGGGAGAGGGAAUCUGCCGUUGCGGUUUCUGGAGCUGCUCAUAAGCAAGAAUUCCCUAUCCUGAUUGAGGCUUUAAGCCUAAAAGAAAGCAGAAAUAGGUCAAGGGCAGCCCAAGUGCCCAAUUUCUCUCUCUCUUCACAAGGCACCACCAGCAAUAGAGAUGAGAAAUUCUGAAGAACAGCCAAGUGGAGGAACCACGGUGCUGCAGCGUCUUCUACAAGAACAGCUCCGUUAUGGCAAUCCUAGCGAAAAUCGAAACCUGCUUGCCAUACACCAGCAAGCCACGGGGAAUGGCCCCCCUUUCCCCAGUGGCAGUGGCAACCCAGGCCCUCAGAAUGAUGUGCUGAGUCCCCAAGAUCACCACCAACAACUUGUGGCUCAUGCUGCUCGACAAGAACCCCAGGGGCAGGAAAUCCAGUCCGAAAACAUCAUCAUGGAGAAGCAGCUUUCCCCUCGGAUGCAGAAUAAUGAAGAACUCCCGACCUAUGAAGAAGCCAAGGUUCAGUCCCAGUACUUUCGGGGCCAGCAGCAUGCCAGUGUAGGAGCUGCCUUCUAUGUCACUGGAGUCACUAACCAGAAGAUGAGGACUGAGGGACGCCCUUCAGUUCAGCGACUCAAUCCUGGGAAGAUGCACCAGGAUGAAGGACUCAGAGACCUUAAGCAAGGGCAUGUUCGCUCCUUGAGUGAGCGGCUGAUGCAGAUGUCACUGGCCACCAGUGGAGUGAAGGCCCAUCCACCUGUGACCAGCACUCCCCUCUCCCCACCACAACCCAAUGACCUCUACAAGAAUCCCACAAGUUCCAGUGACUUCUACAAGACCCAAGGGCCACCUCCCAGUCAGCAUACCAUGAAAGGCAUGGAGCUCCGAGGCCCCCCUCCAGAGUAUCCCUUCAAAAGCAUGCCUUCCCAGUCUCUAGUGUACAAGCCCCAAGAGCCAGGGCUCUUCUAUAGUGAGCAUCGUCUGAACCAGCCAGGCAGACCCGAGGGUCAACUGAUGAGAUAUCAGCAUCCCCCUGAGUAUGGAGCUGCCAGGGCGCAAGACAUCUCACUGCCGCUAUCAGCCAGGAACUCUCAGCCUCACAGCCCCACUUCUUCCCUCACAUCUGGGGGUUCCUUGCCCUUGCUGCAGUCUCCACCAUCCACUCGAUUAUCUCCUGCCCAACAUCCCUUGGUCCCAAACCAAGGAGACCACGCGGCUCACUUGUCCAGGCCGCAGCAGCAUUUCCUUCCUAAUCAGCCUCACCAGAGCGAUCACUACCGCCUUAGCCAGCCUGGCCUGAGUCAGCAGCCACAGCAGCAGCCGCAGCCGCCGCACCAUCCCCACCACCAUCCCCAGCAACAGCAGCAGCACCAGCCCGGAGAAGCCUACUCAGCUAUGCCUCGAGCUCAGCAGUCUGCUUCUUAUCAGCCAAUGCCAGCGGACCCCUUUGCCAUUGUUUCUAGAGCACAGCAGAUGGUUGAGAUCCUCUCAGAUGAGAACCGGAACUUGCGGCAGGAGCUGGAAGGAUGCUAUGAGAAGGUGGCCAGACUGCAGAAGGUGGAGACUGAAAUCCAGCGUGUCUCAGAGGCGUAUGAGAACCUUGUGAAGUCAUCUUCUAAAAGAGAAGCCCUGGAGAAAGCCAUGAGAAACAAGCUUGAGGGCGAGAUACGGAGGAUGCAUGACUUUAACCGGGAUCUGAGAGAGCGUCUAGAGUCUGCCAACAAGCAGCUUGCAGAGAAGGAAUAUGAGGGGUCAGAAGACACAAGAAAAACUAUCUCUCAGCUAUUUGCAAAAAAUAAGGAAAGCCAGAGAGAGAAGGAAAAGCUUGAAGCAGAGCUGGCCACUGCUCGUUCGACCAAUGAGGACCAAAGGCGACACAUCGAAAUUCGAGACCAGGCUCUGAGCAAUGCACAGGCCAAGGUGGUGAAACUGGAGGAAGAGCUGAAAAAGAAGCAGGUGUAUGUAGAUAAGGUGGAGAAGAUGCAGCAGGCCCUUGUUCAGCUCCAAACAGCCUGUGAAAAACGUGAGCAGCUAGAGCACCGUCUACGGACAAGACUGGAGAGGGAACUGGAAUCCCUCAGAAUUCAGCAGCGCCAGGGCAACUCUCAGCCCACAAAUGUUUCCGAAUACAACGCCGCUGCCCUGAUGGAGCUCCUUCGUGAGAAGGAGGAGAGGAUCCUUGCCCUAGAAGCUGAUAUGACUAAGUGGGAGCAGAAGUAUUUGGAGGAGAAUGUGAUGAGACAUUUUGCUUUGGAUGCUGCUGCAACUGUAGCUGCUCAGCGGGACACAACAAUCAUCAACCAUUCUCCUAAUACCAGCUAUGACACAGCCCUGGAAGCUCGUAUCCAGAAGGAAGAGGAAGAAAUCUUGAUGGCUAAUAAGCGUUGCCUUGACAUGGAGGGAAGGAUUAAAACCCUUCAUGCCCAGAUUAUUGAGAAGGAUGCCAUGAUCAAAGUACUCCAGCAGCGUUCCCGGAAGGAGCCAAGUAAGACAGAACAGCUAUCAUCCAUGCGACCAGCAAAGUCUCUGAUGUCCAUCUCCAAUGCUGGAUCAGGGUUGCUCUCCCACUCUUCCACUUUGACUGGCACCCCAAUCAUGGAAGAGAAGCGGGAUGACAAGAGCUGGAAAGGGAGCCUGGGUAUUCUCCUGGGUGGAGACUACCGCUCUGAGUCUGUCCCUUCUGUGCCCUCACCUGUGCUGCCUUCUACUCCCCUGCUCUCAGCUCACUCUAAGACAGGCAGCCGAGACUGCAGCACGCAAACAGAAAGGGGAACGGAAGCCAGCAAACCCCCAACUGUUGCUCCAAUCUCUGUUCCUGCUCCAGUUGCCUCUGCUGCCACUGCUGCCACUGCCAGCAACACCAGCACCAUGGUAGCUGCUGCUCCAGUUGCUGCUGCUGCUGCGCCAGCUGCCGCCGCCACCAUUGCCACCCCAUCGCCAGCAACUGCUGCCGCUACCGCUUUUGCUGCUGCUGUGGCUCCUGCUACCGCUGCUCAGAUUCCAACCGCUGCCUCUGCUGUCGCUGCUGCUGUUGCUCCUGCUCCUGCUGCUGCUGCUAUCGCUGCUGCUGCUGUUCAGGUUGCUCCAGCUGCUCCGGCUCCGGUUCCAGCUCCGGCUUCAACUCCGGUUCCGGCUCCAGCGACGCCUCAAGCUUCUGCUCCGGCGCCGGCUCAGGCACCAACUCCAGCUCCGACUUCGACUGCUACUCCAGCUCCGGCUCCAGCUCCAACUUUGGCUCAGGCUGAGGUUCCUGCAAGUCCAGCAACUGGAUCUGGACCAUGUCGUCUCUCUAUUCCAAGUUUGGCCUGCAAUUCAGACAAAAUAGAUGGCCCUGUUUUCCACUCCAAUACCCUGGAAAGAAAAGCUCCCAUUCAGAUCCUGGGACAAGAACCUGACGCAGAAAUGGUGGAAUAUCUCAUCUGAGAGUCCGAGUCAAGAGCUGUGGUUUAUAAGCAAGAAUGCUUUUAAUCAUGUUUCCUUGUUGCUUUUCUUAUUUUGAGGGUGAGGACAAGAGUUGGGGGAUGUUUUUUAAAGGGACUUGUUAUGGAAACAAUGUCAUACUUAAAUAAUGCCAUACGAACUCCAGUCUCUUCUGGUAUCCUCGGAGAGUACCUCUAAAGACAGGUUAACCAGAACGUGCUCUAAAGUUCAUUGUUGGGAUUUAUAUAAAGACUCGAACUGUUGAUAUCUUGGUAUACACCGAUGUAUUCAGAGUGCUUCAAUUUGAUUAGCAUUUUCAUAUUUUGGGUCAUUUUUUUAAAAUUGAAAAGCACAGUAUGUUUGGAAGACAGUUUGUAACAUGUAGUGCAGAGUGGGAAGGUGGAAGGAAUUUGUGCAUGUGCUGUUUUGUAUAGUUACCACUUAGGCAACAUCCAGAGAGAACUCUCUCCUUAGGCUCAUGAAAGAGAAUAGUUUGGAGAGCUAUGUAAGCUAGAGAAAAGGUAGUGUGUAUAUUGGGAUAUGGAAGCAUACUGGAGUUAAUUUUCCCUCUCAAGUUCCCAUUGUCCUGUGCCAGAGAAUUAUAUAUUUCUUCAUUUCAGUGGUGCUUUGGAAGUGAAUUCUUUUGGUUCCCUCCUGGAGGUUCAUGCAUUCAUAUAUAUUCUCGGGAGAAAUUUAUGCCUUUGGAUGAUUAAUAUAUUGUUCUCAGAUGCUAGGAGAGUAAAUUAGCUGAGUGAUGUACAGCUUCCUCUCUUAAGGAAUUGGGCCAUCAGAGGCCUGAUGGAUUGUAGCAUGAGGUGCUGUGUGCAGGCUUUUGUGGUUGGUGUACAGCCAGUUACACAGUGUGCUUGCCUUUCCUAAGACCGAUCUGCUUUGUGUUUCUUUUCUUCUCCACAAAUUUUACUGGCUGUGUCACCAGUCUCAAAAUGCCAGUCAUUUACCAAAUGAGGUGGCAUUUUUGUUUCCAGGUUGAAUGCUUUGAAUUUCGGGUGACUACUUGGGAAUAACUCAGUUUGUUUUCCCACAUUGUUAGCAUACAUCUUAAAUGGCAUCUUUGAUUGUCACCUCCAGGGGAAUAAAUAGCAUCAGAAGCCCAAAAUGCUACUAUGCUGUAGUCAGUGGAGAUGUGGGCUGCAGCUACAUCUUCUCACACUCAGUGAAUGCAUGUUGCAAUGUUGUUGGCAAGCAGCAAGAAAUGCACACAUGGGCAGGGACCAAGGAGGUUAUGGCUCCAGGUUUUGCCAGAGGACUGCCUCUAGAGACAAAGAAUGGCUGCCUAUUGACAAAGGUCCCUGCUCUGUGUUACCUGUCUGCCCUUCAGUCAGGUGACAAAUCUAGACAAUGUCAUUAAGAUCAGUUUUCAUGGGUAUUGGGAGGGUGGGAGGUGUAGGGAGUAUUAGAUAGGAGUAGGGCGUAGAGAAUUGAGGGUGUGCUAGUUAGAAAUCAGAUUAAUAGAAUAGGCCUGAUAUGUUAUGUCAUGAAGCAUAGUACUAGAAGGAAUCGUAGCAAUAUAUAACCCUUCUAAGUCACUUGUAUUCUAUGUCCCUCGGUUUCAUGAUGAGGAAUCUGACAUCUGGAAAUAUUAACUGACUUUCUUAAAGUCACAGAACAUAGUUGUUCACUCUGCCAAUCUCCAUGCUUAUUUGGGGAAACCUUAUACGAGAAAAAAAUCCAUAUUUUCAGAAAAGGCAUCUUCACGGACUGGGUCAUUAAUGUACUUUGUAAAAUGUUGGCGACUUAAGUGGUUUGUCCAGGAUAGGAAUUCCUAUCUUGUCCUUCCUGCAGUGCCUUUUGCCAGGUUUGACCUUCCUUAUUCUUAUUUCAACAUUAAGUCAUAACAAAGGUCUCCCCACAAGAAAUCUGCCUCACUUCUUUCAAUGGGAUUGACUGUCAUGGAUCAUUUUACAGGGUUCCUCUGUAAAUAGAGGAAUGGCAUAGUCAACAGUAUUUUUGUGUUUUUCCUAACUACUUUUCAAUGUAGCGGUGUGUGUGUGUGUGUGUAUGUGUGUGUGUGUAAACAAGAUGGAGGAUGAUGUGAUUUUUAGCUUGUCAUGACGGUUUAAAUAAUGAGGUGAUCAUGCUGCACAUUACUCCUAAGUUAUUAAAUGAAUCUCAAAUAUAAAGGAAAAGAGCAGUUGUUUCAAUACUAAUUCCUAUGUAAGAAAAAAAGCCCAAAUAGUAGAAGCAAUCACUUAGAGACUUCAGAAGAGCUACAUUUUAUCCAAAUGAAUAACACAAAAAUAAAAAUAAACCUUUUGUUUACUCCUUUCCUGAUCAUAUCACAUUACUAGAGUUUUUGCUCUCUCUGGGAGCCAUAAUGUUAAUUUAAGAUGACAUAGCCAUACAUUCCAUCUUUAGAUUAAUGUACUUUGAAGAAAGGGGGUAUUCUUGGCUAAGUAAUUGUUUUGAACUUUCCACAACAUCUCUGCUCCCCUCACACCAAAGUCAGUUUUAAUCCCAGGUAAUUUUCAAAGCCAACAUGCAUCUCAGAGUUGCAGGAAGCCCAUGUCAAUGUAUUAUGUUUACAAAGAAGACAGAUUCAGCCUUUGAAAAAAAUAUCGCUGAUAGGGGUCAUUUUAAAAUUUCAGGUUUAUGGGAGAAAACUCAAGAUGAAUCACCCUUUCACCAGUGUGAGAAUGUAAUUUGGGGUAUUUUUCUUGAUUCCCACCUAUCUAUGCAUUGGCACCUCAGGACAGGAGGGUGACCUUAUCUAAAUUUGUAUUGCCUGGUGGUCGUUGUUGACCUUCUAAGUCACUUGUACCUCCAAAGUCCCCUGUGUAGAAAACCGUCAUUAGAACAGCCCUUCACAAGUGACUAUUGAUACAAAAUUUAUCUUAGUGAAUUUUCAUAAAAUUAUUGUAACUUGAGCAUUUGUCUAGACUUUUGUAUCUUGUUUUUAUCAAUGAAGGAUUUAUUUUCAAUGCUGCUCUGAGUUUCAGAAUGACAGAAUAGGAAGAACCUGAAAUACCUGCCAUCAGAAGUCAUAGGAAACAAGCACAGAAACCUGUCGCAUUCUCUUUUUCUUGUUACAUUGUUGGAUGGGUACAAUAAUUGGAAAAUGAACAAACUGUGCGGACUACUCUUUAUGAAGAAACUUUAAACACAUAAUGUGGAACCUUAACAUGUAUUCAGAUGUUUCAUAAAUUGUAUUUUCAUGUGUGAUAGCCGUACAAUCUCCUGUUAGCUCAAUUGCUCAUUCACAUAUGGAAUGUGUUACUUAAAACAUGUGCAUUCUUACUGAACAUGUUUUCAGAAGAAGGCAUCAGCUAUGGGCUAAUGGCCACCAUUUUCAACCCGCCAUGAUCCUUGGAAAUGUGACUUCCAAGUGCCAUCCAUCAUCAGUAGGACAAGUGUUGGGCGUUUGUUUAUUUUUUUCCGGUAGCAACGAUGGGUUACACAGAGCCAUCAGACCUCCUUCUGGCCUCUCUUGUGAUUAAUGGCAUGUGUUUGUAAAAUGGAUAGUUGGGGUUGGCAGAUGGCUAGAAAAGAAUUGCCUUUGGUUUAAAAUGUAUGUAACUCCAUAGCGAUUUGAGAACGCAUUCUGUAAUCAAUUGAGCUAGUUCGAAUAAAGUUAAGCAGGUUUGAACCCACUUUGUGCCUAUCUUUUCACUGAUAAUAAAGUUAGCUAUUUUAAAAUGUA